GACGCCUCUGUCCGCUGUCGCUCGACCGCCCUCUACAUGACCACGGGCUACCUCUGCCCCUCCAUCUCCAAGGGGGGCGAGUACUCGAGCAAGACCGACGGCUACGCCAUCGGCAUCACCCUCCUCGUCUGCCUCACCAACCGGUCCGAGGUGCAGCUCACCGACCGGUGCGAGGACGAGUUCGAGGAGGACUGGACCGACAUCGAUGCGGCGAAGCUCGCCGACGUGGCCGCGGGCUGGCCAGCCGACGCGGCGCGCGCUGUCAAGGACCUCGCCAAGGCGGACGGGAAGAGCCUCUGCCACGACAGCCUGCGCAAGAGGCCCACGCUGCCCGAGGCGCUGCUAGCUCUCCGGGCGCUGCUGUCUGGCGCGCAGGGCGGGGCGGGGGUGGAGGAGGCUGCGCCGGCACCUGGAGACGAGGCCGCUGCGGCAGCCGCCCGCACCACCGGCUACGAGCCUUCGCCGCUCUCGGUGCAGGUGCGCGGCAUGCGCACGGGCGGCGACGCGCAGGCGCGCAUCCAGGGCAACAUGCUGCUCGCCUUCAACACGCUGAUGCCGUGCCUCGACGCUGCGUACGCCUCGCGCUCUGCGGCGGCGCCCGACGGCUUCGAGGAGCGCAUCAACUUUUGGCACCGCGAGUGCGGCCUGCCGACCGAGCUGCGGAGGCAGCUGCACUCGCUGCGCAUCUGGGCGAACGCGGCGAGGCACCACGACGCGGCGAGGUGGAGGAGGGACGGGCCGCGCAGCGAGGGGGAGGCGUCGCGGCUCGUGGCCGCGGUGACGGAGGCGAUCGGGGCGAUCGAGGGGUGAA